AUGAUCGACAGACCCGACACAAUCAACGACAAGAACAAGAACGACAAGAAACUAACCCCGAACAUCGAUCUGGUAGGUAGCCUACCAUACCAACAAGUACUGGGACGAAGGGCAAAUGCUAACCUGGGAAUGUGUGGCAGCAGCACAACAACCACAAUGGAAUCCAUGGUAGCAUCUCAAACGAUGUCUCCGGCGUCGUUCUACUACUACAGCCCGGACCCGAACCCGGAGAACCGGCAGCACGGCCACUUUGUCCAGCAACCGCAGCAGCAACAGAUGCCGAUGUUCCCCAUUGUGCCGACCCUCCCGUCAACGCCGAUGUACUCGAGGCCGAGCUCUUCGUGCUCGCAGCAGCAGCAGCAGCUGAUGCAGCCCCGUGCCGUCACCAGCAUCCCGUCCAACAUGACUCCCGUCGCCUCGCCCCAGCCGGUCUGCCAGAAGCCGACGAUUGUCCUCGAGACCCAGAUCUGUGAUGCGGACGGCCUGUACUAUCCGACGACGCCUCCGCUGUCCACCUCUGGCAGUGCCAUCAGCAGCCCCGGCAGCUGCGACAUGCUGGCCACGCCCUUGAACCCCAUGUUCUCGGGCCUGGACGGUCUCGAGGGUGCCAAGGACGAUGCCCACAUGGAGAAGUUCCCAGUCCUGGACUGGUCCAACUGCGCUUCACCGCCGCUGACUCCAGUGUACCUUCAGUCGCAGCCCACCAAGAUUGCUUCGCUUAGCAGCAACGCUAGCGACCUCCUUUCGACAACUUCCUGCCCUUCUCUGUCGCCCUCGCCCUCUCCCUACGCCAGGUCUGUCGCCUCGGAACAGGACCUCGACUUCUGUGAUCCUCGCAACCUGACUGUCGGCUCUGCCAACUCGACUCUGGCUCCCGAGUUCACUGCUCUGCCCACCCUCUGCCCGGGCGACGACGAGCACGAGACGCUGCUCAGGGGGGAAGCUCCCACAGCCGCCAAGAACACCACCAGCACCACUGCCACCUUUGACUUCACCCCGUCAAUUGCCAGCGGUCUGCCCAGCUUUGACGACUUCUCCGACCUCGAGUCGGACGACGAUUUCGUCAACGGCCUGGUCAACCUCGGCGAGUCCACCAACGCUCAGCUCAGCCGGUCGCGCGCCAGCUCUGGUGUCGUCUCGCUGGGCGAGGAGAGCUACGUCUGUGCCGACGACUUUGAGGAUUUCAGCGAGGCUCAGCCUUUCGAGCUCAUCGGUCUGCCCAGCCCGCCCACGUCCACCUCGGACGACAGCGACUGCCACCACGACAAGCGACAAAAGACUUCCAAGACCGAGUCUCGCAAGACCAGCCCCAAGAUGAACGUCGCCGCCGCCGCCGCCGACGCCGACGCCCAGUCCGAGGCCCAGCAGCCGUCCAACCAGGCGAGCACCUCUGAUGAGAAGGACGACUCGUCCGCCUCCGCCGGCAGCCCCGACAACGGUGCUUCCACGCCCCUGCCCGCCCCUGCCAACCGCCGAGGCCGCAAGCAGUCCCUGACGGAGGAUCCCUCCAAGACCUUCGUCUGCGAGCUGUGCAACCGCCGCUUCCGCCGACAAGAGCAUCUGAAGCGCCACUACCGCUCCCUCCACACCCAGGAGAAGCCUUUCGAGUGCCACGAGUGCGGUAAGAAGUUCUCCCGCUCGGACAACCUGUCACAGCACGCCCGCACCCACGGCUCCGGCGCCGUCGUCAUGGGCAUCCUGGACGACCCCGAGUCCAUGGCUGCCGCCGGCGUCUACAGCGCUCACCCGCAGAUGUAUGCCGGCGCAGGCACCGGCGCCGAGGACUACCACACCCUUGGCAAGGUCCUCUUUCAAGUCGCCGCCGAGGUCCCCGGCAGCGCUAGCGAGUCUUCCUCCGAGGAAGGCGGCAGCGAUGCCCAGGGCAAGAAGAAGCGCAAGCGAUCCGACUAA